AUGUAUAAGUAUGAAUCUAAACGAAAAUGCCGCCUUAUCAAAAUUGAACCAUGGGAUGAAACAAGUAGUAAUGUACAUAAUUCUAUUCAACAGAGUAAUUCGUAUAUUGAUGAUGAUGAUGAUGACGAGGAGGAGGAGGAGGAGGAGGAGGAAGAGGAGGAUAGUAGUGACUCACUUACUUCAAAAUCUGAUUUAACUGAUUUACGAUGUUGUUUGCUGUCAGCUUGUUGUGAAACCUGUACAUGUUGUACAAUGUCUAAACAGUAUGAUUCAAUUUAUUACAAAAUACAAAAUUUAACUAAAUCCUGUCCAAAUGCUUGUCCUAGUAUAGUCCCUAAAGUAGAAGAAGAAGAAUGGAAGUAUCCAUCAAAUAGAAAUGCACGUGAAUAUGCAAUGUGUCAGUGUUGUUAUUCACCUAGUGGAAUAAUUUGCAUGAAAUACUUGGAUAUAUUAUGCUGUCCAUUAUUUCCUAUAUGGGAUAUGUUUAAAGGAUGUGAUUAUGGUUAUCGACGUUUUCGUAUUCAAGCAAUAUUAGAUCGUUAUAAAGAUUCACAUAAACAGAGAUAUAUCACUUGUAUAUAG